AAGAGAUGCCAAUGUGUCAAAAGUGACUGAAAAGAAGAAGAAGAGGAGAGCAACAACAACAAAAAACGAGUUAAAAUAAAAAGAAGAAGAAGUAGAAGAAGUGUAAGCAGUUGGAUGUCUGCAAAAAUGUUUGCAAUUGUGUUGUUUUUUGGUGAAUUUGUGUGAAAAAAUUGCCCGUGUCCAGGACACCCAAAAGGGACAUUCUACGUGGAUUGGGGGGAAUGAAAUGCUGUAAAUUGGGUGGCCGGAAAUUGUGUUGUGUGUGUGCACGAGUGAGAUUAAGCAAUGAGAUGCUGUCCCUAGCGUCCAUCUUGCUAAUAACCAUCAUCACACAAUUGUCAAUAGUUUUGGGUGAUCAGGUUGUUCUCCUGGACACCACAAAGGAGGCCACCCUCGAAUGGACACGCUAUCCCUAUGGACCCCAAUCCCAAACACCCGGCUGGGUUGAGGAAUCAUUUACAAAUUUUGGCAAGGGUAUCAAUUGGCGAAGUUAUGUUGUAUGCGAUGUUGCCUAUCACAAUGUCAACAAUUGGCUCUGGAGUCCAUUCAUUGAUCGUGGUCCAGCCAAUCGACUCUACAUCGAAAUACAAUUUACAAUUAGGGACUGUAGUCUAUUCCCUGGCAAUACAUUGAGUUGCAAAGAGACAUUUAGUCUUCUAUUUUAUGAAUUUGAUGCAGCAACAAGGGAACCACCACCUUGGCAACCCGAAAGUUACAAACUUAUUGCUAGAAUUGCAGCUGGUGAGGGUAGAUUCAAUCAGAAUGCCGAUGUUGACAUCAAUACAGAAGUUAAGAGUAUUGCUGUUACCAAGAAGGGUGUCUACUUUGCAUUUCGCGAUCAGGGCGCCUGCAUAAGUAUUUUAGCCGUUAAAGUGUACUAUAUCACAUGUCCAGCUGUAACAGUCAACUUUGCCCAUUUCAAUGAGACCCCAACGGGCCGCGAAGUGACGAUAAUUGAACAGCAAAUGGGUACAUGUGUACCCAAUGCCGAAGCCACCGAAGUACCAACGUACCUGUGCAAAGGUGAUGGUAAAUGGACCAUUUUGACCGGUGGCUGUCGUUGUCGUGUUGGCUUUGAGCCCGAUUACGAUCGACAAAUCUGCAAUGUCUGUCCCGUUGGUACAUUUCGAUCGGCCGAAGUGGCCAAAUGUACCCAAUGUCCACCAAAUUCCCGUACUACCGCCCACGGUAGUGCCUACUGUCCAUGUCAACCUGGUUACUAUCGUCAUUUGCGCGAUGCCAAACAUAUGCCAUGCUAUCGACCACCUGGACCACCGACAAAUCUAACAUUGCUCUUUCUCGAUCAGACUAGCGCCAUAUUUGCCUGGAAUGCACCACAGAGGCCACCAGAUGGUGCUAGUGCUGCAUUUAGGAGUGAUGUUAUGUUUCGUGUUAAAUGUCCAAUAUGCAAUGCAAAUGUCGUCUUUAGUCCACCAACGGAAACAUUCAAUGACACAAAAUUGACAUUGAAUAACCUUGAACCAGUAACCACCUAUACCAUUCAAAUACACUCCCUAAAUGGCCAGGCACAGUCACUUAUUGGUGAUACAGACAAUGGUACAACAAUGGAUCCGCGUAAAGUACCAAUAUCGGCCCUUUUGGCCGAUGAAAGUCAACAAGUGACAGAUUUUGCUGAGAUAACAUUUACAACGGAAUCAGCAACACUCAGUGCCAUUUUUAAUGUUCGUGUAACAUCAAUAAGUAGCAAUGAUGUUGAAUUGACAUGGGAUAGACCAACAUCGAGUGAUAGUAGUAGUACAUCAAGUGGACAAAUACCAAUUGAAUUCUAUGAAGUUCGUUGGUUUCCAAAAUCCGAAGUUGAUUCAGUCAAUAAGACCACACUCAAUACAAAAGAACCACGUGCACAUCUCGAUAAUUUGGCAGAAAAUACCGAAUAUGGCUUCCAGGUCCGUUGCAAAACCGUCAACGGUUGGGGUACUUUCUCCAAUAUCGUCUACGCCCAAACUCAUCAAAGUGUCUCACCCGUUUACGAUGAUUCCGUCCAGGUUCGAAUCAUCGCUGGAGUUGGUGUUGCUGUUGUUUUCAUUCUCGUUCUAUUAAUUGUAGCCACAGUUCUCUUCCUACGUUCCAAAAGUCACGAUGAUCUCGACAAGAAGACCAACAAUCACCUACCCCUGCAACUAGACUAUGCCAGCAACGAAGUCAACACCAUGGACACCACACCAAUUGUCAAGACUGUCCAGAAUAAUGUGACAACACCACUAUUUGGUGCAAAUCGAAGCUAUGUCGAUCCCCAUACCUAUGAAGAUCCAAAUCAGGCAAUAAGGGAAUUUGCCCGGGAAAUUGAUGCCAGUUAUAUAACAAUUGAGGCAAUAAUUGGUGGUGGUGAAUUUGGUGAUGUAUGCCGUGGAAGACUAAAAGUACCACCAAAUUUUGUCCAAGACAUCGAUGUAGCCAUUAAGACAUUGAAACCCGGAAGUACAGAAAAAUCACGAUGUGAUUUUCUCACUGAAGCAUCAAUUAUGGGUCAAUUUGAUCAUCCAAAUGUGAUUUAUCUUCAGGGUGUUGUAACACGAUCAAAUCCAGUUAUGAUUAUAACGGAAUAUAUGGAAAAUGGUAGUUUGGACACAUUCCUAAGGGCAAAUGAUGGUAAAUUCCAAACACUUCAGCUAAUUGGUAUGCUACGUGGUAUUGCAUCGGGUAUGGCAUAUUUAGCUGAUAUGAAUUACGUCCAUCGGGAUUUAGCUGCCCGUAAUGUACUGGUAAAUGCUCAGUUAAUCUGCAAAAUAGCUGAUUUUGGGUUAUCACGCGAAAUUGAAAAUGCAAGUGAUGCCUAUACGACACGAGGCGGUAAGAUUCCGGUACGUUGGACAGCACCAGAAGCUAUUGCCUUUCGUAAAUUCACAUCAACGAGUGAUGUAUGGUCCUAUGGUGUUGUACUGUGGGAGGUUAUGAGCUAUGGUGAACGUCCAUAUUGGAAUUGGAGCAAUCAGGAUGUCAUCAAGUCGAUUGAAAAGGGAUAUAGGCUACCAGCUCCAAUGGAUUGCCCCGAAGCACUGUAUCAAUUGAUGCUGGAUUGCUGGCAGAAGCAACGAACACAUAGGCCAACAUUUGCCAGUAUUGUUGCCACAUUGGAUAGCCUAGCACGUCAGCCACUUGCCCUUCUGGCAGCUAGGCAUUCACCCGAUGCCCCCGAAGUGGAGGCACGUAGUAUUCCGGGUACAGCACCAUCUGGUGGUACAUUCAUCAGUACAGAUUUAUGGUUGGAGAGCAUUAAGAUGUCCAGGUAUUCGCAGCACUUCAAGGAGGCCAAUCUCAUAGCAGCUCAUCAGAUCUCACGACUGACAGCUCAACAAUUGUCAGACAUGGGCAUAACUUUGGUGGGACAUCAGAAAAAGAUACUCCAUCAAGCACGGCAACUCGAUACGAUAAUCUAGUGAUGAGAUAGAGACUCAAUCAAGUACAAAAACAAAGAUUAAAAAAAAAUGAAGAAGAAAAUUAAGACAGAACAAAAAGAAAACCAGUGAGUGAGAAGCAAUUUUGAAUAAAACAAAAAAACAAAAAAUAAAACAUUUGAAGUGCGAUUCGAAGUACAUUUCUCUCUUCCAAGUGUUAAUUUAUUAAUAUUAUUAUUUUUUUUGUGUCUUUCUCCUGAAUUUUAGGACUGUAAGGAUUUUUUUUAGAAGAAGAAAUAAAAGAUGAUGGAAGAAAGAAAACCCUCACGACAUUCUUGAGCAUCUGUUAAUCUCAAUUGUGAUUUUUUUUUACAAAAUAAUUUUUUUUUAAAUAUUUUAAAAUAGGAGAUUUAAUUUAAAUUUUAAAGUAAGUUUCACUAUUUCUUUUUUUUUGUAAAAAAAAAUUGUUUUUUUACAGAAAAAAAUCCUCCCUUUCAGUAAUAUUUUUUUACAAUGCAUUUUUUAUUUGUUUAUAUCAUUUUGCUAGGAUUUUAGGUAAGAUUUUUUUUUUUUGGGAGAAAAAUCUCACCUUUAAAAAAAGAAAUACAGAAAAAUAAGCAAUUAAAAUGACAAAUUAGAUAUUUUUGACGAAUUGACAAAGAAAAAAAGAACAAAAAGAAAAUUGUUCGUUGGAGGAAAAGUGUCGGAAAAAUCAUUUUACAAGGUUUUUCUCUGGCACUUUGAAGAACGUCAUGACAAUUUUUUAUUCUUUAAUUUCUUUUUUGUUCCUAAAUUUUGAAAAAAAAGAAGAAUAAGAAAAAAACUGAUUUGCAAAUAAACUGCUUCCAUUUUAAUUAAUUUAAAAAAGAAAAAAUAGAAAAUAUAAAAGACAAAUUUUCUUUGCCCUGAACUGACAAUGCAGUGUUUUUUUCAAUUUGUUUUAUUAUUUUUUUUUUAAUUUUGAAGUUUAAUAAAUUAUUUAAAUUUUUUCUGUGAGUGGGACUGAAAGGGGCAUUUUGGAUGUUGAUGAAAAACAAAAAAAGAACUAAAAUAAGUAAUUAAAAAACAAGGUAAAAGAAGAAAAUAGAAGGAAAAGAUGAGAAAAAAAGAAGAAAAACAAACUCUUUAAGUGUACAUAUCGCAAUUAAGCAUUCCUUUUUCUGUUUUUUUUCUUUACUUUUUCUUCAUUGUUCUUUUUAUUUUAUUUAAAAAACAAAAAAACAAAACACUUAAUUUCUAUUUGAGCAAAUAGAGAAUGAAGAAAAGAAGAAUUAAGAGAGAUUUAUAGAAAGAUUGAUCCUCUUUGAAGGAUUAGUCACAUCAUGCGAAGGUUAUUAUAAAAAAACAAAAAACAAAGCAAAAAAGUAAAUAAAUAAAAGAAGGAAUAAAAUGGCAGGAGGAUUGUAUAUUUUUGCUUAAGGCCAAUCCCAAUUUAGACAUUAAUAAUGCCCUGAUUAUGGAAAAAAAAACGGAAAUUCAUAAAAGAAUAAAAAAAAGAAAAUCCAUUGAAAAUUGUCUCUGCAAAAUGACAACAACAACAAAAAAGGAGAAGAAUAUAGAGAAAAUAUAGAAAAGAAGAAAAAAAAUAAACAAAAAAAAAACUUAAAGCAGAUGACUUUACUUAAGCAAUUAAGGACUUAAAGUUUAAGCUAUGCGUCUGACAUCUUUUUUGACUUUUUUUUUCUCUAAUAAACCAAGUCUUACUAAUGGCUCAAAAAAAUCACUAUG